GGAAGAAGAGUGUUUGGGAUGUAGCUGUUCUGCAGACAGGCAGGGUGCUCAACAAAAGAACCAUACACCAGCUGUAUAAUGUGCACAGUUUAUUAAACAAGCACACUAAAGUGAAUAAGCACACUAACGCGAAUCAGGUAUGUAUGUCUAUAGUGAGUUAAGUACAGUAUAGCAAUUCAGAGAGAUGUAUAAAUAAGGCACAGAAGAAAAUUAGGAAUGCAUCAAACAAUUGCUGCAUAGCGAGAACAGAGAUUAAGAAGAAAUAAAUCACCAGUUACCACCGCAUCAUCAUCCAGGCCCACACUUCAAGCUGGGAAGCCCCAUUGCAGCCGAUGCUGGGAGUCUCAGGUAACUGGGAAAAUUCCUACAAGGAGCAUCCACCCAUAGGUGAGGCUUCAGAUUCAGCUACAAGAGGGUCCUGCUUUUAUACCCUUAGAAAAACAACCAGCUUUAUGCCAGCUCGGUAGUUGUUUACUCGUGGGGCCAUGCAAUUUCUCAUGAUCUCACGUCGUCACCGAGAGCGUUGGCCAGGCACCCUGGUAUGGCGAAGUAUGAAGGUCAUAGAACAACUGCACACCUAUGUUUUCCUGGCUCUUUCCAGCAAACUCUCACAAUGAACAUAAACACGUAUACUCUACCAAAUACCCUUUGGCAAAAAACAUACUUCGUUAUGUCUCUCAGUCAUGAGCAGGAAUCAACUCUCAGCUAGCUUCGCAUCUAUUACAGUAGUCCAUAUACUCCUUGAUAAUAGCAUGUGCCCUGAAAACAUCAAUAUUCUUGGAUAACAGUGCAGUGCUAAAGAUAAUUGGGUUCAUGGUGUUUUGAAGGAUCAGUAAAUGAAGUAUUUAGCGUUGUCUAACUUCACUAAACAAUUAACUAAUGCUGGAAAGAAAAAGGAAAAGGAAAGGGGAAGGAGAAAAGGUAGGGAAAGAGGGAAGAGGAAAGGAUACUAGAGGCAAAGGUGAAUUUAUUGAAAGAGAUUUUGGGCCCAGGUUAGUGUGGCUGAAAAAGAUAGCUUUGUAGACUUAACAAUUAUUUAAAAAAAAAAAAAGCUGAAAAUAAUCAAAAUUGAACGUGUUGAAGGCUCAAAGACUUUCCAUGCAGAUAUACAUGACCGUAAUCUCAAGAAAAAGAAAGAUGAACAAGAUUGAAAAUACAAAGAAUGAUCAGUUGAACCCACUGCUGAAGUUUCUUUCAAACUCUUCUGGCAAUAUUCUUACAAUUUGCCAUGGUGCUGUUAACACUUCAUAUUACGGUGAAUCGUUAGUGACACCAUGAAAGCCAAUGUAAAGGAGAGGGACUGCAACUGGAAGAAAAUCAAGUAUUCAGGUCACUUCCGUGUGGUGUUUUGUGGAUCUCUGCCUAUCAUCACUCAGAUUGAAACAUAACUUAGAGAAGAAAGCACACGCAAUACCACAAUAUAGCAAUAGAAAUGAAAGGGCUCAGAUGGGCUUUUGAGAUUGAGUGAGCACAAACACCUCUGCUCCCAUGGAAGUUACUGGAAACAACUUUAGUAGAAUAAAAGUGGAAUGAGACCACUGGUAGACGUAUUCUGAGAUUUCCUACUAAAUCAGGUUUCUAAUGUAAUCAUUAUUAAAUGAUUAGAUGAAUCAUUGAAGCAUGAAUUUUUCAUGCGUACCUUUCUUCUCUUUAUGAUUUAUUUCUUGCCCUUCCCUUGUUGUCCUUUCAUCUCUUUCUUUCUUUCCUGUUCCUUCUUCUUUCUACUCUUGCCUACCUGUCCAGAACAUUGCCACUUAAUUUAAUAUUCCCUCUUAUUUUUUAUUUUAUUUCUGAAAAUACUCUCAUAAAUUCCUGUUUUAAUUAAGCUUGCUGUCUCCAUUACCCUGACUGAUUUUUUUGCAUCUUAGUUUCUUUUGUGCUUCUGUAUUUUUUCAUUGCCACCAUAAUUCCGAUGCCAUUUUUGAAAGCCAGACACUUAAUUAAAAUGCAGUUUCUUGUACUGAACAGUCAGCCAGUCUGCUGACUGUAGUUCUGUAGUGGGUAGAAACAGAAGGCAUCAAGAAAUUCAGAUGCUGAAAAGCACGAUCUGGUGACACUCAAGGGUAGUGAGAAAGCUUACAAAAACAUAUUUACUGUAUGUUAAAAAAAUGUUAUCCUUUUGUAGCUGUUUCUCAGGCAAAAUGAGUACUAUGGUGUUUGCCUGAUUUUCCUGUGUCUGUUUCUACACUUGUAUGCCACAAAGUGAAACAUAUUCAGCAACAAGAACCAUCUCUUGAUACACAAUAAAUUAAGAGCAGUCACUUGUUGACUCCAGACUGCUAGUGUUAUGUUUUGCUGCAAAAAUGUGUAGGAGGUUGAAUUUUGACCAGUGGAAUCAGUGCACAGAAGUGUGAGCUACUAAUGUUUUGUGAGCAGAAAUACUAAGAGCAACUAACAAAGUCAGGCCUUUGCAAAAAGGAAGGUAGAUGCAUUUGUAGCUGCCCCACUGUAGCGCACACAGUAGUAUAGGUAGAAACACCCACUGAGUCAGCUUUGCUGGCAGUAGAAUUUAGCUGGCAAAAUUUGAAGUCAAGUGCCAUUAAUUAAUUCACUCUCUGCAGGCCAUUCACAUUCUGUACUUGCAAAAAUUUGCUAAAGCACAUCAUCAAACAAAUUUGUUCUUUUAUGUUUGCUGUCUUUGUUUUCAUCAAUUAUGGUAAUUGUGUGCUUUCUUCUGAUCCGUAUUGUGCAUCUGAAAUAAAAUACAAGGCUAAAAUGCAGUUGAAAACCGUACUGAAGUAGAGUUUUCCCAAGUCCCCAUAAAAAGCAAAAAGAAUUUCAAAGGUUGUUGGACAUCAUGUUUGGGAAUACAGGUUUUAUUUAAUAUUCUACAACAGAAAAGCUUUCAAACAUUUAAAACACAUAAGGCAGCACAGUUUAUUCUUGGAUUAAAUUCCAGUUUAGUCUGGAGUUUUCCUUCAGAGCAAGGCUGACUCAACCUGCUAUCCAUCUGGUACCCCAGAAUUUUAAGAUAGGUUUUGGGGAUUAAAGAUUUUUCUUCCUGAGUUGUAGCACGUGUUGAACAUGUUAUCUUGGAAGUGUUCCUGGGCUUUCUCUGUCCAUGUAAUUUCAGGGGAAGCUUUGACUUGAAGUUCAGGACAGAGCCUCCUCUCUGACCUAUGAACAGAAGGAAAAAAGAUCAGUGACCAACAACACUUCAUUCCUUUGCUCUAAAAAUAAUUGAUGAAAAACAGGGCAUAGUCCUAAACUUAGAUAAUGUCCUUCAAAUACAUUGUAGUUAGCUCACAUAAAUCUAAGGGGUGCAUUCCGGUCUGUGUAAUCAAACUGUUGCAUGUUUGUAACCUCUGUCACUUGCCUGCUUCAGCUUCCAGAGCUAAACUCAGCAUGAUCAACACUAUGUCAAAAAUUCGAGGCCAGGAAAAGGGACCAGGUUACCCUCAGGCUGAAGCCUUGCUGGCAGAUGCGAUGCUGAAAUUUGGACGAGAGCUUGGAGAAGAAUGCAACUUUGGACCAGCACUUGCAGAUGUCGGAGAAGCUAUGAAGGAGCUUUCUGAGGUCAAGGACUCUCUAGACAUGGAAGUGAAACAAAACUUCAUUGACCCACUUCAGAAUCUCCAUGACAAAGAUCUGAGAGAAAUACAGCAUCACCUAAAGAAAAUGGAGGGUCGACGCCUGGAUUUCGAUUACAAGAAGAAAAGACAGGGCAAGCUCCCUGAUGAAGAACUUCGCCAGGCUCUGGAGAAGUUUGAUGAAUCAAAAGAAAUUGCUGAGUCAAGCAUGUUCAACCUUCUGGAGAUGGAUAUUGAACAAGUGAGCCAGCUUUCUGCUCUUGUACAAGCCCAGCUGGAAUACCACAAGCAGGCCACACAGAUCCUACAGCGAGUUACUUCUAAGCUGGAAGAUAGAAUAAAAGAGGCAUCAUCUCAGCCCAGGAGAGAAUACCAGCCCAAACCACGUAUGAGCCUGGAUUUCACAACUGGUGACAAUGCUCAGCACAAUGGAGGAAUAUCCCAUGCCACCACCCCUAAACCACCAGUAAUGGUCUGUUAUUCCAUGACAUGGUGAGUGCUGUUCUCUGUACAGAUCCUGACCUCAGUUAUUCCAGUUUACUUCAGUGACAAUUGCUAGGACACUCCACCUUGCAAGACUGGAUUUUUUUCACAAUAUCUUUAAUCAGGAUUUCCUUCCUUCCAAUCACAUCCUGAUGUUUGAUGUUCUCCCAGAUACAGGCAGAAAUAAUAUCUCCGUGUGGCACCUGCAGCUGGAAAUUGUCUUGCAUAAUCUUUCAAGUUCCUAGUAACCUAUGCUAGUGAGGAGGGUGAUACAAUGGAGAUUCCUUGUACAUGAGCAUGGCUUGAGUCUUGCACGCUAAAGCUCUCCUCAUACCACCAGUAACUGUCUUCUUCACUUAACAUGACACUUACAGUGUAAUGAACACUUGUCUGUGCUAAGGCAGGGCAGAUUGAUGUUCCUGUGUGUCUGCAGCAUUUGUGUUUUCCUCUUCAGAGAGCUGUAUUUAGCAUUUUCUUCAGUAGGGGUUCUUUCUUUUGAAGUGUUGAAUAGUUUCAGACAAACACCGCCUUUGAAAAUUUUUUAAUAUAUGUCUGGGUUGGUUCAUUCAAAGCUGCAGUCUCGUCAUUAGAAUUUAUUUGGUAAGGUCUUCUAUAUUUCAGCUCAUAGCAACAAGGAUACCGAUCACACGUUAUAAGGCUUGUUGUUGCCAGCAAAAUAGUCUUCAUGACAAAUACAGCAAAAUACACUGAGUGAUAGGUAAAGAAAUGAAAAAGGUUUCACUACAGAAUUUAAUAAAUUAAAUCUGGUAAUUGCUCUAUUGAGAUCUAUAGAAGUGGAAUAUUUUUGUCCUAAAACAGCUCAUGCAUGGGCUUUCUAGCCACAGUGAGGUUGAAAUGAAUAUGCAAAAAGUUAAAAUCUGGAACUUAUUCAUCCUGAAGCCAGUAUACAUGAAAAAGCUGAAAUACUAACUGUAGAGUCUUGGGGUGGAGGGGAUAUUUAUUAAUUACAUGUAAUGUUUGAAAAUCUAACUUAACUAAUGACUUAUCCAUUAGCCAUCCUAAUGGGUUCAUUUUUGGAUGUUCAUGAACUAACAUAUUAGAAGGCUUUUAAUUUCAAACUUGCUCUGAAUCUGCCCUGGUGGCCCUGCAAUCAAGUGUUUUGUGGGAAUGGGGAGAAAAGGUCUUUGAAAACCUCAUAUUAAAAUUCAGAGGAUUAGGAGCAUAUAUACAGUGGUUUAAAGUGUAACUGUACCAGUGAAACUUUCAAAAAAAGGACAAGGACACAGUUAUAUCUUCGCUGUUGUUUUAAGCUAUCCCUUACACUACUUACCUGAGGUGAAUAGACAAAGCAUCUCUGUGCCAAUAAAGCUGGAAAUACAUUAGGGCUUUUGCUGCUGCUUUUUUUUUUUUUUUGUAAACAGGUGAAAUUAGAUUCCAUAGUGAUUAUGGCCCUGCUUUUAGAUGUGAGCUUGAUUGUAUCUUGGUUCUUUUAGGAUUCUCAGACGUCUACUAGUAGUCACAUAAAAAACCAAAGGCUGUCAAAAGCUGAUAGCUGUCUCCUAAUGAAGUUUAGCAUCCAAAUUUGGAUGUUAUCAAAGAACUGUCAUCAGCAUAUGAGUGACAGCAGAAACAGCAAAACCUGUAGUAGGUACAGUGGCAAAAAGGAUACUAUAACUGUUGAGAUUUUUAAAAACAUUUUUUCUUUGUGUUCCUUGUCCAUAGAUGUCCACAUGGAUCAGCCAUGCUGCCGAGCUCUGUAUGACUUUGAACCAGAAAAUGAAGGGGAGCUGGGAUUUAAAGAGGGUGAUAUCAUUACCCUCACUAACCAGAUUGAUGAAAACUGGUAUGAGGGGAUGCUUCAUGGCCAGUCAGGUUUCUUCCCCAUCAAUUAUGUUGAUAUUCUAGUUCCAUUGCCCAAUUAAGAUGGCUGAUCCACCACUUGUGACCCAGAUAGUUGUGCAGUACCACUGCUUUCAAAAUGCUGCUUCUUACAUCUUACAAGUGAAAACUGCAGUGGUUAGAGUUAUUGAUUCCCACUGAGCAUCUUCAGUUUAUGUGUUGUCAUACUACAUGGUGGUGAUGCAUGGUAUCUUCUGAGCCAGCAGAGUGUGGGUUAGUUUAUUGGCCAUGCUGGCCUGGUGGUAACCAGAGCCAUUACGGAGUUGAGGCUGGUAAGAUGAUGGCAAGCAAAGCAGGUAACUCAUAGUGAAGUAUGAGGAGGUUUUGGGAAGAUAAUGCCUAUCACCAUUGUAUUACUUUUCAGUCUUAGUUCUCUAUAUAAAGAAGAGUUCUUGCUGUUCGAUCUUUCCCUUUCUAAUGAUACAGUUCACACAGGUCUAAUAUUGACUAACCAGAAUUGUAUCUUCCAACCAAAUUGGCUUGUUAUUCUCACAGAGAUGGUAUAAAUGUAGACCUUCUGGUUUUGCAGAAAGUGAACCACUGUACUGUGUGUCCUGCUGCUCUCCGCCCAUUCUUAUAGUCUUUAUUAUUGUUAAAAGGCCUAUUUCCAUCCACAGGUAAACUGUAAACCAUAAAAUGGGGAUUCCUGUAGUAAAAACCUUGGACACAAACCACCUGAAUUUGCCCUUCAGGUACUUGGAGCAUGCUCACCAAAAUGCCAGUAAGAGGGCAAGAUGGGGAAUAAAACUGGCAUUUGUUAACUGUUUCUUGUCAAGUCUUGGCACAAAAUCAUGCUGCUUAAGCACCAGAUAUCCUUUGUAAACUCAUUCACUGAGGAAUACAAUAACCAACCAAACAUGACCCUCACUUCAUUUGUUUCUACCAUGUAUUCUUAGAACAUCAUUUGUGCAUAUUCUCUCCUCAAUGAGGACUAAAUGAACCGUGUUAUCUUUUUGAGUUGACCAGUUAAAAACAUGUGGCCGUAUAUGCAAAAACAUUUCCCCCCAUAUGUUUAGUUGGUUCUCAUGUGUUCCUCCUUCCUGCACUUUGUGUGUACAGUGCUGUGCCUAGCUUUUGGCAUUCUUUUGGUAAUGGUUGCAAAAGUUCUGUUAGUUUAGUUAUCCAGAGUUCUAUUUAUCUAAAUUGUACAGUCUCUUUCAGAGGUUUAAUGUGCUGCUUCGAAUGUGCCACUUCAGUACUGGAUGAUGUGAAGUGAAUACAAUUCCCUACUGCUUAGUGCAUAAACUAUAUUAUGGAAAGUAUUGAUAUUUCAAAUAAAUGCUGAGAGAAUAACAGAA